AUGCCGAUGGCAGUUGUCAGAGCCAACGGUUUCAUACGAGGUUCAGGGAUUCUCGAUCGAGUGUCCAGAGUGACGUGUUCGACGCUCUCCCGCUGGCAUCGGCACGUCACCGUAAUCAACGCGACUCGUGACGCCUCCCGCGUACGGUUCAUAAAGCAACCGAUAUCAGUAUCCCGUGCAUACCUCCAAGCCUCCGUGACGCUCUUGUGCGAAUGCGGAGCAUGUUCCAAUCACGCCCGCUUCACGUGUUCGAUGGUUCCCCGCCAAGGCACCGCGUGGACGCAGCGACUCGCGCCGCUGGGUGCACAUCGAGCGCAUCGCGACGUCGCGCAGUGA